CGCCGGCCGUGCCCAACACGCACGCACCAUGGGCAAGCGCAAAACCAAGCGCCGUUCCAACUCCGCCCUUGGCGUGACCUCUUACUUCAAGAGGUUCCAGGUCAAGUUCGCGCGACGCAGAGCCGGCAAGACGGACUACUACGCGCGCAAGCGCCUGACGUGCCAGGACCAGAACAAGUACAACUCGCCGAAGUACCGACUCAGCGUCAGGUUCACCAACCGCGACGUGAUCUGCCAAGUCAUCUACGCGACGCUCGCGGGCGACGUCACCGUCUGCGCGGCGUACUCCCACGAGCUCCCGAAGUACGGCAUGAAGGCUGGUCUCACGAACUACGCGGCGGCGUACGCGACCGGUCUGCUCUGCGCGCGGAGGCUUCUGACGAAGUACGACCUCGCGGAGACGUACGAGGGCAACGAGGAGAACCUCGGCGAGGAUUACAACGUCGAAGCCGUCGACGGCGAGCGGAGGCCGUUCAAGUGCUUCCUCGACACCGGUCUCGUGCGAACGAGCACGGGCGCGAGGGUGUUCGCCGCGCUCAAGGGCGCCGUCGACGGCGGCUUAGACAUUCCGCACAACGACAAGCGCUACGCGGGGUACGAUCUCCAGGACAAGUCUCUGGAUACCGACACCCUCGAGCGGUACAUCAAGGGCGGCGUCGUCGCGGAGUACGCGGAAGAGAUGCAGGAGGAGGAGCCCGAAAAGUUCGAGGCGCACUUUUCCAAGUACCUCGCCGAGGACUUCGACCCGACGGAGCUCGAGGAUAACAUGGACGCGGUGCUCGAGGCGAUCCGCGAGAACCCGGUCCACGAGAAGAAGGCGCGCAGCAAGCCCGCGGACGCGAAGUCGUGGAAGCCGAAGAAGCUGACGUACGAUGAGCGCAAGGCGGCGCUCAAGAAGAAGCUCGAGGCCAUCGUCGCGAGCGCGUGAGCGGGCGCGGGCGGAGGCGGAGGGUAAUAAAAACUUUCUUCCGAAACGCGUCGUCCCCGCCGCCGCGCCGGCGGAAGCGGUCGCGGUCGCGAUCGCGCGCGUCGCGUCGCGCGCGCGGGGGGGCGCUCUGUGGUGGGUGAUGGUCCGCGCGGCGUUCGUUUUAAGCUUGUAAGAAGAGACCGCGCCGUCGUUUGGACGCGUUAAAAC